AUGACUACACCGUUGUCUACAGUAGCUGGACAUCGACACGUGCAUAUCAGAUCGGAAGAUAUGACAGAAGAAGAUGAGGUGGACGUGGAGGCUAAUGUACGAGAGGCUCUACGGCUUUUGGAGGACUGUAGAGACCAUGAGGAUGAGGAGAGCGAGGGAGAACAGGAAGUAGAACAAUGGAGAACAGGGCGAACGGAAAGUAGCUAUCUGGAUUUUGUCCAUGAAAUGAUGGAGGACAGAUGGACAUUGGGGGAUCGAGACAGACUGUAUACUUCUCAUUGGAGAUUAUCAGAAGGACAGAUAGGAUCGGAGAAAAAAGCGAUAAAGGAGGAGGAUAAUAGCGAGGAAGAGAACUAUAAAGAGGGAGAGGAGCAGAUAUCAUACAAGGAAGCCUAUACGACAGCCUAUAAGGACAGGGGUGAGGAUGAGGAGGAGAAGGGUCAGGAGCAGGAGGAUGAGUGGCAGGAGGCCUACACAGCAAAAGGUCGAGUGUACUACUACAACCGACGCACACGCGAGUCAUCGUGGAAAAAGCCUGAUCAAUUCAAUUCGAGCUCGAGUCAGCCGCAAUCAGCGUCUGCAGCUGUUGAAGAGAAGUCGGUAUUGUUAUCUGCCGUUUCAACUAUGGAACGCCAAGCAACUUUGUUUUGCUGCUUUUGUGGCAAGCAACAACCGUCUGAUCAAAUAGCUGCGCACUUUCGAGAAUGCGCGACGGUGAAGUUCCACAAGCAGCGCUUGUCUCCGCUAUACCUCAGCUUUGAACGUGCUCUUGGGUUAAUGUCCGAGGAUGCCACUCUGCGAUCGAUACAUUAUGCUUCGUCAUUUCCAGAUCCCACGCCUCAUGGAAGACCAGGUGCUACAUCGAUGCAAGAUAGUCUGUCGUUGCUUCGUCCCAAACGUCGCCUGUCCAGUACAAGAAAGCGGAGCUCCACCGGGCACACACCACAGAAAAAACUUGGCACCCAAGACCACGUAUUUAGUACAACGGAUUGUCGGUCAAAGGAGACACCUGACCAAUGCACAAGGCAAGAAGUCGACCCAUCUUCGGCACGCCCAGCUCCGGACAUUAAAGUUGCCAAACGGGAAAAGCAUACUGACGCCAAAGAACAUAACUCACAGUCGACACACAGCGUUUUUGUGGCAGAAUCAGCGGCACAACACACGGAGACCUGUCGGUACUGCAGCCGGGGCUUUGCUAAAGGUCGACUUGCUAAGCAUGAGGUUGUUUGCCCGCGGGUGUUUGGCCACGAAGGCUUUCGGGGGCGUGGAACCCCAGCAAGCCCGCUCUCCAUUUCUUGUCCGAGGAAUGCCCGAGUCGGAACACCACCAAGAUCUGCGGGAUCCAUGACAGCCAGUUUGCACAAGUCGAAGAACCAUACACUGCAGCAAAGCUUUAAGAAACACCAAGCCACGCUUGUGCUCUGCCCAUGUUGCCGUCGAAAGUUUGCGCCCUCGGGUGCGCAACAACAUAUUGCCAUCUGCAAAGGGGUCCAAAACCGCCCUAGGAAUCCUAUCCCGUUUCUUCGGGACUAUGCUAUUGUCGGCUAG